CAACGCGCCCUGGGCCGUCGGAUGCGCGCCCGGCGCGUAGAUUAAUGCGGCGGGCCCUGUUACAGAUCAGCCGGGUCCCCCGGCGCGACACGGUUGGGCGGUGGCCCCGCGCGUUAUGGUCCCACCGCCAAGUGACACACCGCCUGAUAAAUCUAGCUCUCUCGUCCGAGGCGGCGAGCCAUGUAAAACCGUCCGACGCGAGCCCCACCUCCGCGCUCGCACGCGGAAGGAGAGGGACGAGGGAGCCACCGUCACCGAGCGCGGUUACAAGAAAAUCCAAUCUCUCCCCCACGCUCGUUUCGACUCGCGCCAUGGAGGCGCAGGCGCAGGACAACAGGGCGGAGGAUGGGGACGGCGCGCGGCAACACGUAGCCGGCGGCGUCGCGGCGACGGGGAUGGCUAUGGGCGCGAUCUCCAUGCACGGGUUCAUGGUCCCGAAGCCAGAGCCGGUGGAGUUCUUCGGCGGGAUGGCCGUGGUGCGGAGCAAGCCGCCGCCGCGGAACCGCGACCGGCACACCAAGGUGGAGGGCCGGGGGCGGCGGAUCCGCAUGCCCGCGGCGUGCGCGGCCAGGAUCUUCCAGCUGACGCGGGAGCUAGGGCACAAGUCCGACGGCGAGACCAUCCGGUGGCUGCUGCAGCAGUCGGAGCCCGCCAUCAUCGCCGCCACCGGCACCGGCACGGUACCGGCGAUCGCGACCACGGUCGACGGCGUGCUCCGCAUCCCCACGCAGUCCUCGUCGUCCUCCAGCCCCUCGUCCCUCACCACCGUGGUCGACGGCGACGAGGCGUCCGCCAAGCGCCGCCGGAAGCUGCAGCCGACGCGAGCGGCCGCCGGCGCGUCCCCGCUCGCCACCGCCGCGCCCGCGGCGUACUACCCGGUCCUCGCCGACCCGCUCCUGCAGGGCACCGGUGGAGCGGCCAUCUCGGUGCCGAGCGGCCUCGCCCCCAUCGCCGCGUCGGGCGCCCCUCAAGGGCUCGUCCCGGUCUUCGCGGUCCCUGCGGCCGGCAGCCCCGGCGGCGGCAACCGCAUGAUUCCGCAGGCCACCGCCGUGUGGAUGGUGCCCCAGCCUGGCGCCGCGGCCGCCCAGCCCACGCAAUUCUGGGCCAUCCAGCCCGCGCCGCAGCUCAUCAACCUCGGCGGCGCGCAGGCCGCCGUGUUCCCCGCGGCGGUGAACGUCGCCGACUUCCAGGGCCAGCAGCCCAUCUCUAGCUUGUCUCACAACAGCAACUCGGAGCAUCUGCACCUGGGGUCCGGGUCCCACGAGCAGCAGCGCGGCGGUCGCAGCGACGUCAACCAUCCGGAGGAGGAAGAAGACGACGACGACGACGACGAGCCGGUGUCCGACUCCAGCCCAGAAGAGUAACGCACCACCGUACGCCCAGAAAGUCCAACCCCAAAGCUUAGGUUCCUUUUGCUCUAAUUUAAUCGCUCCCCCUCGUUUUCCCCCCUUUCGCAAUCCUCCUUAUGAUGAACUACAUGAUGCUUUCUGUCGUAGCUCACGUUCAGUUCAGUGACCCCCAGUGUUAGUGGUAGAGAGAAGAAGAUGAUGAAAGAGGUAGUGGAACUGUAGAAGCAGCGUGUAAUGCAAAUCAAAACGAGCAGCUGAUUUGUUAUUGAGUUAAUUAAUUGACGACCUUUUGCUAAUAUAAUUCUUUUUUUUA